AUUUGCCUUUACCGGUCCCUAUCCUCGCCGGCUGGCGUCCGCACAGUUUCUAACCUGAGCAUCUCGCUUUUCUGCCGAACGCAUUUUUGAAUACGUCUCCACGUGUUUCAUGAAGUGAAAAUUGUUCAACUCCAAUCGUUUCUCUCUCGGAGUGCUCACUUUCGUAAAGAGUUGGAGAUUUCUAUUCAAGACAAUUAUUGCACAUCGUCAGCUCAAAUCAGCGUAGCACCAUGAGUCACGAGUCGGAAUCACACGUCAAAAUUUCUCGUACAAUCUACCGCGGUGUGUCGCCCAGCACUUCACGUUUGGAAAGUCGUGUGCGUGAACUUGAAGACAUGCUUGAUCUGGAACGCGAUGCGCGAGUCCGGGCUGAACGACAUGCCGCUGACAUGAGCUUCCAAGUAGACGCACUCAGUGAAAGACUUGACGAAGCUGGAGGAAGUUCAAGUCAGACGCAUGAGCUUCUUAAGCGUCGUGAGAUGGAAAUUGCGAAGCUACGAAAAGAUUUGGAGAACGCGAAUGCCUCAUUGGAAAUGGCUGAGACUUCAAUGCGCCGAAGGCAUCAGACCGCGCUGAACGAACUUGCCGCUGAAGUGGAAAACUUGCAAAAGCAAAAGGGAAAGGCCGAAAAAGACAAGAACAGUCUCAUUAUGGAAGUGGACAAUGUUCUUGGACAACUGGAUGGGGCAUUGAAAGCAAAGCAAUCGGCAGAAUCCAAGCUGGAGGGUUUGGAUGCACAACUUAGCCGAUUGAAAGGUUUAACAGAUGACUUGCAGCGGCAACUGAAUGACCUGAAUGCAGCCAAAGCCCGCCUUACAUCCGAAAACUUUGAACUCCUGCAUGCAAAUCAAGAAUACGAAGCACAAGUCCUCAAUCUCUCCAAAGCAAAGUCUUCACUUGAGAGCGCCGUUGAUGACUUGAAGAGGUCACUUGAUGAUGAAGCAAAGCACUACAAAUCCGUAUUCCUCAUCCAAUUUCCACAGAGCCGAUUCAACCUCCAAGCUCAACUGACCUCAUUGCAAAUGGACUACGAUAACCUGCAAGCAAAAUAUGAGGAGGAGAGUGAGGAGGCCAGUAAUUUGAGAAACCAAGUUUCCAAAUUCAAUGCUGAUUUGGCUGCGAUGAAAUCGAAAUUCGAACGAGAGCUCAUGUCAAAAACUGAGGAAUACGAAGAACUCAAGCGCAAGUUGACGCUCCGAAUCACAGAGUUGGAAGAUACCGCAGAACGUGAACGUGCCAGAGCGUCGAACCUGGAGAAGAUCAAGGCCAAGCUGACCAUCGAAAUUAAGGACCUCCAAAAUGAAGUUGACAGCCUAUCUGCUGAGAAUGCUGAGCUGGCACGUCGGGCCAAGGCCGCCGAGAGCCUUGCCAAUGACUUACAACGCCGUCUAGAUGAGUUGACCAUUGAAAUCAACAAUCUGCACUCGCAAAACAGCCAACUGGAGGCAGAGAAUAUGCGACUCAAGAGUCAGGUAAAUGAUCUGGUGGACAAAAAUGCUGCUCUUGACCGUGAAAACCGCCAACUCUCUGAUCAAGUUAAGGAGCUCAAGUCCACUCUACGGGAUGCAAACAGGCGACUCACAGAUUUGGAAGCUCUACGGUCUCAACUUGAGGCGGAACGGGAUAAUUUGGCGUCCGCUCUGCAUGACGCGGAAGAAGCUCUGCGAGAAGUAGACCAGAAAUAUCAAAACGCCCAAGCUGCUCUGAACCAUCUAAAAUCAGAAAUGGAACAGAGGCUUCGAGAGAAGGACGAGGAGCUAGAAACCCUUCGCAAGACUACCACUCGCACUAUUGAAGAGCUAACGGUCACAAUCACGGAGAUGGAGGUGAAAUACAAGUCAGAGCUUUCCCGAUUAAAGAAGCGAUACGAGUCCAACAUUGCUGAGUUGGAGCUUCAACUUGACACUGCGAAUAAAGCAAAUGCAAACCUGAUGAAAGAAAACAAGACUCUUGCACAGCGCGUCAAGGACCUCGAAGCAUUCUUGGAAGAAGAACGUCGUCUUCGCGAGGCUGCAGAAUCGAACUUGCAGGCUAGCGAACGCAAGCGAAUUCAGCUAUCAAGCGAAAUUGAAGAGUUACGUGGUGCAUUAGAAGCCGCAGAUCGGGCACGCAAGCAUGCUGAAAAUGAAAUGAACGAAGCGCAGACUCGUGUUAGUGAGCUCACAAUGCAAGUCAACACGCUGACCAAUGAUAAACGCCGUCUGGAAGGAGACAUCAGCGUGAUGCAAGCGGACAUGGACGAAGCAAUCAACGCGAAAGCGGGUGCCGAAGACAGGGCUACGCGCCUCAACUCUGAAGUGCUUCGACUGGCCGACGAGCUUCGACAGGAGCAAGAAAAUUACAAACAUGCUGAGGCCUUGAGAAAACAACUUGAGGUGGAGAUUCGGGAGAUCACUGUCAAGCUGGAGGAAGCCGAAGCAUUUUCGGCUCGUGAAGGACGUAGAAUGGUUCAGAAGUUGCAGACUCGUGUUCGUGAACUAGAAGCUGAAUUUGAUGCAGAAUCUCGGAGAUGCAAGGAAGCUCUGGCUGCAGCCCGCAAGUUCGAGCGUCAGUACCGAGAGCUCCAGACACAAGCCGAAGAUGACCGACGAAUGGUGCUAGAGCUUCAGGACUUGCUGGACAAGACUCAGAUGAAGAUGAAGGCUUACAAGCGCCAGUUGGAAGAAGCGAUCACAAUGAACAAGUACCGCAAAGCACAGCAGCAGAUCGAAGAAGCCGAGCACCGUGCGGACAUGGCUGAGCGAACUGUGACAAUUAAACGCAUAGGACCGGGCCGUGCUGGAUCCGUAGUUCGUGAAUUGUCCGUGACCACCAACAGGGGAAUGCGUGCGACGAGCAUGAUGUAA